CUGGAUAAUGAGGACGUCUUUUUAGCUUGCCAUACUUGGUUAAUUAAUCAAGAGCUUGGAAUAAUAUUACCAAACGAUUUCCUAAAUACCAUUAAUCAGAAGAUUUUACCUCGAUUAUUAUCGAUAAUCAAAAGGCUAAUCUCUCGUAACAUAGCUUACUUAUGGCUCCCUAGGCUCGGCUUUUAUUGCCAUGAGACUAAGAAAGGGCUUUAUAUGGAUAGAUACGAACGACCUAAUGUAUUUUUACUAUUAAUAAACGAGCUUUUAUCAUAUACAGUCCAGUACGAGGAGGAUAAAGCUGGUAUAUGGCAUACGAUUCAACCUUUACUCCCAAUCGGAGUUCAGGUAUAUGUAAUAUACUUCCACGAUAAGAGCUAUUUCUAUGGUUUUAACUAUAAAAAGAGCCUCUGGCUAGCAAAUAGUCAGCAAAAAAUGCCAGGAAAGAGCAAAGGAAGGCUAAUUCACGAUUCUGAAUUCGUGGGGCCUGAGGGACGUAUUAGGGUACUAAAUAAUAAAGGCAUUUUUAUCCCGGACGACCCCGAUUUGGAUGCCCGUUAA